UAAUACCUUUAUGUAAUGGUGGAGCAGCCAUGAAGAGGAGCAAGCAGUGGGAUGUCAGAGGAGCUGUGGGCCUUGCAGGUGUCUUCCACUUCCUGCAUUGUUGGGCUUCAGGAUGCCUUCUGCCCUUCCUCACCCUCUACCUCCGGCACCUCGGCCUCACCGCUUCCAUGACAGGCAUCAUCAUGACCGCCAAGCACCUGGUGGCUCUGGUUUGGAGGCCUGUCUCCAGUGCCUUGGCCAGACGCCAUAACAAAAGACGCGUGGUCAUAAUAGGGUCUGUCAUCUGUUCGGCAAUGGCUGCUAUGAUACUUCUGCUCUUCCCACCCACAGGAGUGAGCAUGGAGAGUGGAAGCUGUAAUGUAAGUCAGCUGAAUGCUAACCAUACAGUAUAUGAGUUUGACUCCACCACUCGGGAACCCCGGACAACUCCACAAACAUUCUCUACACGUGUUGCCUAUUCAGCAGAACCUAAGAUGAGGUUUACAGAAGGACACCGUGCAAUGGCAGUCAACCACAGUGCAAAUUCCGUCACCAAAAGUGCCUCUGAAACACAGACAGUUGAAGCAGGUUCAGAUGAAAUUAGCAGCCAAGAAGCUCUGGAAACCAAAACUACUCAGGGCCACCCACCAAAGAGGAAGAGUAGGUCUUUAAGAAGGCGUGAAGAAAAGCAGGAGGAGACAGAUAUGGAGACGGCCAGAUCUGAGUUCCUUGGAAGCUUGAAAGUCAUGGAUGCUCAACAUCAGAUGUUCUUCUUGGUGAUGAUUGUAGUAGGCAUAUGGGAGGUCAUGGCUGCCCCAUUGGAGUGGACAGCUGAUGACGGACUGCAUGAGUACCUUGAUUUUGUGGAUGCCACGGACCGCCAUGGUACCGUUAAACCUUGGAGACAUCUAGGGACUGCAGGUGGUAUGGGAAGCACUGGCAUUCUAGUAAGCAUCCUAUACUGUCUCAUUGGAACUGUGCUGCACUUUUACGCCUAUGCUAUGUUCAUGGUCAUAAUGGUGCCUGUUGCUGCUUUGUUACCACUUUACCGCCACAAACGUGAACGUCUACCUGGUAGUGGCUUGAAGGCCCUGCUGCUGGUGCGAGGCGAUCCACGGGCAAUGCUCUGUGCCAUCACUGCCCUUGUUACUGGCAUGGCAAGCUCAGCUAUAUCUGACUUUUUGCUGUGGCUGAUGCAGGACCACAGUGCGUCAGAGCUUCAGAUGGGCAUUACUUUGGCUCUGGCACCUCUAUGCCAGGCUGUCUUUGCCCCUUUGAAUGGAAGCGUGGCCCGUUUCCUGAAAUCCCAUGGGCGGCUACUGCUUCUUGGCAUUUUGGGUCUGUCUCUGCAAUGCCUUUACUACUCUUUCUUAUGGGCACCCUGGGCUGCACUUCCUGCUCAACUGCUGGCUGGACUUAGCACUAGCGCCCUCUGGUGGUCGAUAGAGGCUCAGUGUGCAGAUACUGCGUCUCCAGGGACAGAGAGGGCAGUGUUCCGAGUCUUUGAGGCCCUGUCUCUGGAUCUUGGGGCUGGGCUUGGCAGCCUGUUGGGAGGGUUUGUGGUGCAGAAGUUUGGAUUAGGGGUGCUCUUCCAGGGUACAGCGGUUAUGCUUGCAUUGUGGAGCAUUACUUUAGCUGUGUUGCAGUGGAGGAUCCCUCGUCAACGCAGGAUAAACUACUCACGACUUCUGGCGGCUGACGCCAGUGAGGUGAGUGAGUCAGAAUCUGACCAGGACAAUGACUGGCUGGAGAAAGCCAUGGAGGAAGACAAGGGGAACAACAAUUGGAGGAGUUCUGAGAAAUAAGCAUUAUAGCUGGUAAACAUUCUUCCACAAAGAAUUUUAUGCUAGACACCAAUGACCACCUACGUCUAGGCCUAUGUAAUGUGGAGGACUCAAAGUAAGACACUCCAAUGGCUUCCAAAUGGCUUAUGGCUUCAAGAACAUUACAAAUGAAAGCUGCUGCAGCUGGAUGCUGCAUGAGCUGCAGUUUUGCUCAGCUGUCGGGAUGCCAAUGUAUUUGUCUUUGACUACAUGUUAUUGGAAAACAUGCUUUGUUUUGCAAUUAUCAUAAGUAAAUGCUUAUCAUAAUCUCAUUGUUUGGAAACAUAUUUCAUUGGAAAAGACAUGUCACACAUUGGAAAACUGAAGACUCCUUCAGUGUAUCAUAUCCCCACCACAGAAUAUUGGACCAAACAAGGCUCCUGUUAGAGAAAUUAGAGGCUCAUAGUAACCAUAUAAAGAACCAGUGCAGUGUUGAUGUGACCUUAAAAUGCCCAGCAUUUAAUAAAAUGCCUCCUCACUUUGCAUUCUGCAAUUCAGAAGAGCACUGUGGUCAUAAAGCACUGGUUUAUGAGACGAAUUGUAUGUAUGUUGUUCAUUGUGUACUUAACUCAGUUACAUAAUAAUAAAUUUGCACUAAUGCUUUGAGGUAAUUGGGCUUAAGUGAGAUGGACAUAAUCAAGUUAAGGCCUCAAAGCAUUUGUAUUGUUAAGAUGUUUUUCCAGGCAACGAAGCCAUUUGUUUAUAUUGGGGUGUGAGUAUAUGCGUUCCUAUGUUUGCUCUGGAUUAUCACAUGGCUUCAGUUACCAUUUCAAACUACUUCCCUGAAUGCAAGUGCAGUGUGGGCAACACUUCACGUUAUCUUAUCAGGUUUGUCAAACCUAACCUGUUUUAUGCAGUGUUUGCGAAACCUGUACUGCAGUAAGUUUACCUACUUUAACUGUGAGUGUUACCUACCAUUUUUGUUAUUUCUUACAGCCGUCUCAUUUACUUGAGCUGGAUGACCUGAAAAUAAGUUUGGCUGUUCUGACUCAUAAAGUUAAAUGAAGCAGAUUUGAGAUUAAGGGUAAUGAAACAUGCCUGGUGGACACUUUAAACAGCUCAGCAAAGACAUGUAAAUGACCCAGUGUUUACCAGACUAAGCAAGCUAUGAGGAAUCAGACUUAUGGAGUAGAUUUGGAAAGCCUUUUACAUGUUGCAAAACUGUAAACUGUGACUAUAUGUGUUCAUUGUGUGACCAUUAUUUGUCUAAAAAAAAAAAAACAAGAUUAAAUGUCUUUCAGUUGCUAUUU